AUUUGGAAUUUUAGGAGUCAUGAUGAGGGAGGAACAAAACUAAUGAACAUGCAGAAAUGGGUUAUCAACUACCCGGCGAGAAUGGUUACCAAGAGUCUUUCAACACAUACACUGGUUGGUUUGAUGGUGAAUGACAAGAUUCAAUCUCCAUGAAACCACCAUAAAUCAAUAUUUCACAAUCAUACUCUGUUUUCACUGGAGAUUUUCAUCAAACACCGGUUGCAAGAGUUUCCAUAACAGUUGCUCACAUGGUUAUCUGAUCACUGAAAACCUACUCUUUCAUUAUCCUAUCUACGAUUUUUUGACCUUGAGAGAGGGAGAGAGACAGAGACAGAGAUCAAGAAGGAGGAAUAGGGAGAAAUGGCAAGCAUUGCAGCCGCUUGUUCUACUGGUUUGAUUUUUAGAAGCAAGGAUUCAGAAAACAAUAAAGCUUCUAUGCUUCAACAUAAUGGUUUUAGAGCUUCAAAAUCUAGAGCAUUCAAGGCCAUGGCGACACAAACCGUUUCAUCUCCUAAAAGAGAAACAGACCCAAAGAAGAGGAUUGUGAUUACAGGAAUGGGAGUUGUUUCUGUUUUUGGUAACGACGUUAACACAUUCUACGACAAACUUCUCGAGGGUGAAAGCGGAAUAACCCUAAUAGACAAAUUCGAUGCUUCAGCAUUCACUGUUCGUUUCGCGGGUCAAAUUCGCAAUUUUUCAUCGGUAGGUUACAUCGAUGGUAAAAACGACCGGCGUCUUGAUGACUGUUGGAGGUAUUGUCUAGUUGCUGGCAGAAAAGCUCUGGAUGAUGCCAACCUCGGCCAACAAAUUCUCGAAACUAUGGAUCGAACGAGGAUAGGAGUCGUUGUGGGAUCAGGGAUGGGAGGUAUGACAACAUUUAGCAAUGGUGUGGAAGCACUGAUUCAAAAAGGGUUCAAGAAGAUCACUCCGUUUUUCAUUCCUUACUCGAUUACGAACAUGGGAUCUGCAUUAUUGGCGAUAGAUAGAGGGUUAAUGGGGCCAAACUACUCGAUUUCAACAGCUUGUGCGACUGCAAACUAUUGCUUUUAUGCGGCAGCGAACCAUAUCAGAAGAGGAGAAGCGGAUAUCAUGGUCGCCGGUGGAACAGAAGCUGCAGUUAACCCUACAGGUGUCGGCGGUUUUAUAGCCUGCAGGGCUUUGUCUCAACGAAACGACAAACCCCACAAAGCUUCUCGACCAUGGGACCAAGAUCGUGAUGGUUUUGUCAUCGGUGAAGGUGCAGGCGUCCUGAUAAUGGAAAGCUUGGAGCAUGCAAGUAAAAGAGGAGCCAAUAUUAUUGCUGAAUAUUUGGGUGGAGCCAUAACAUGUGAUGCUCAUCAUAUGACAGAUCCUCGUAAAGAUGGACUUGGAAUUUCUUCUUGCAUCACCAAAUGUUUACAAGAUGCUGGUGUUUCUCCUCAAGAGGUGAAUUACGUGAAUUGUCAUGCAACAUCAACCCUAGCUGGGGAUUUGGCUGAGGUUAAUGCCAUUAAAAAGAUCUUUAAGUGUACAUCUGAAAUGAAAAUGAAUGGCACAAAGUCAAUGAUCGGACAUGGCCUUGGAGCUGCUGGUGGAUUGGAAGCCAUUGCAUGCAUAAAAGCAAUCAACACUGGCUGGCUACACCCUACGAUUAAUCAAGAUAACUUGGAGCCUCAAGUUGAUAUCGAUACUGUCCCAAAUGUUAAGAAACAGCAUCAAGUCAACGUGGCCAUAUCCAACUCAUUUGGGUUCGGUGGGCACAAUUCUGUUGUUGCAUUCGCUCCUUUCAAGCACUAAUUAAACAAAAGGUCUAUCUAUGUUUUGCACAGAACUUUAAUGCAUUGUAUAUGAUGAAUUCCAGAUUGAUGAACUUAGUAAACAAACACUUAAUUUUACAUUAAAGUGUCACCAGUUAUUGGUCUGAUAAGUGCAAGCCUUAAAGCCGGG